AUGUCGUCGAUCCCGGGCCAAGCGGCUUCUACGCCUGAGAUGUCCAAGAUGGCAACUCGCUCAGAGCCGACCGGCAUACACACAAAUGAGCCUGAUCUAGAGAAGUUAGGCAGAGAUCGCCCUUCUCAUUUCUCUAGUCAAUGGUCGGAGCUUGCUUUUUGCUUCUCCAUUGUCAUGUCCCAGAUCUUAGCAGAAUUUUACAUCACAGGAUCGAACCUCCUCCUACCAACACUUAUCACAGAGCUGGAUAUCCCCGAAGCCUCCACCAUAUGGCCGACUACAGCCCUCUCCCUCGUGGUGUGUGCCACGCUCCUUAUCUUCGGUCGCUUGACAGACAUGUACGGAGGAUACCUCCUUUAUAAUGCCGGAGCCAUCUGGCUCACAAUUUCCUCGAUUCUAGCCGGUGUAUCUACAACCUCACUCAUGUUAAUCAUUUGCCGUGCACUACAGGGCUUGGCUCUGGGAGCUCUCCUCCCAUCCGGAAUGAUGAUCCUUGGUAGCACAUAUCGUCCAGGCCCUCGGAAGAAUCUCGUCUUCAGUGUAUAUGGGGCCUGUGCAGCCCUGGGAUUUUUUGCCGGCUUCUUUGUUUCUGGAAUAUGUGGCCAAUUCCUUACUUGGAGGUGGUAUUUCUAUAUCGGCGCAAUUCUGUCCGCUGUCAUGGCCGCGUCGUCGAUUUUCUCUAUUCCCCGGGACUACUAUGAGAAGAAAGAGCUCGGGGUCCGUAUGGACUGGGCUGGAUUGGUACUCUCUAUCACAGGCACUACACUCUUUGUUUUUGCACUUGCAGAUAGCUCAUACGCACCGCAAGGAUGGAAGACACCAUAUAUCAUUGUCUUCUUUGUACUGGGUAUUUUAUUCAUGGGAGGGAUGGCUUAUAUCGAAGGCUGGAUUGUUCAAAAUCCUCUUCUUCCAGGUGACAUCUUCCAUGUGAAGCACAUGGCAGCUCUUGUCAUUGCUUUAUUAUUCCUUUAUGGAAGCUUGGGAAUCUUCCUGCUCUAUGGGGUUCUUUACAUGUCCGAUUUCAUGGGCGGAUCGCCCCUUCAAAUCGUUGCCUGGACUGUGCCCAUGGCCGUCGGUGGCUUGAUUCUCUCAGCAACGGGUGGCUUCAUUCUGCACAAAGUAUCCGGAACCCUUCUGAUGCUCAUCUCUUGUCUCGGCUAUGUGGGCUCAGGACUGCUUUUUGCCGUGAUCCCGAUCGGCGGGAAUUAUUGGGCAUACAUCUUCCCAGCUAUGAUAUGUGGUACCGUUGCAAUCGACAUAAGCUUCAACCUUGCAAACAUCUUCAUCACGACCAGCUUGCCCAGGGCAAGACAAGGACUCGCUGGUGCCAUCAUUUACUGCACUAUGCACCUAGGAAUAGCCGUUAUGCUUGGCUUUGCGGAUAUUGUCCAGACUCAGACGAAGCACCUUGGUAUUCGAGAGAGUUAUAAAGUCGUCUUUUGGUUUCAGACAGGGCUGGCUGUUACCGGAUUGCUUAUUGUUCUGUUGUUUGUAAGGAUAAGACAUGCGAAGAGUGAGUUGACGGCGGAUGAGAUACAAGCUCUGCAGACUCGAGAAAGCAUGACCAGGGAAGUUUGA